AUGGGUUCGUCAUCGAUCAGGGAAUUGCUGGGUUUGGGUUACUGGGUUCAAGGAUUCAGGUGCUUCCCAUGGCUAGCUGUCAAUUUCUUCUUGAAAGAUGGUCUCAGUGUCGACUCUUCCACUCUACAGCUCCUCCAGAACUCCGCCAAUCUCCCCAUGGUAGCUAAACCUCUCUACGGCGUUAUCUCCGACGCCGUCUAUAUCUCCGGCCAGCACCGUAUCCCUUACAUCGCCAUCGGCACUCUCUUGCAGGCAAUUUCAUGGCUAGGCAUUGCACUCCUCUCACCAUCAAGCACCUCCAUGCUUACCUUAUCCCUUUAUCUCCUCCUCGGCAACCUCGGAGCUUCUCUAGCAGAGGUGGCAAAUGACGCUAUUGUAGCAGAGGCAGGAAAGUCAUCGUCAUUGUCAUCAUCUUCAUCUAGCGAGCUGCAGUCAUUUGUUUGGAUAGCAUCCUCUGCUGGUGGAGCCAUUGGGAAUCUCUUAGGCGGCAUAGCCUUGAGCAACUUCUCUCCUCAAACUAUGUUCCUCUUCUUCGCUAUAGUUUCAUCCCUCCAAUUUCUCAUCACCAUUUCGGUCCGUGAAAGAUCCCUCGACCUCCCAAAGCGUGCCUCCAAUUCCGGGAUCACCAAGCAGCUCCUCCAGCUCUCUGCCGCAUUACGCAAACCCGAGAUUGCUCGCCCCAUCGCUUGGUUAGCCGCUUCGUACGCCAUCAUCCCAGCACUGACAGGUACCAUGUUCUACUACCAAACACAGCACCUCAAAAUCAACUCAUCCGUGUUGGGAAUCUCCAAGGUGUUUGGCCAAGCCGCGAUGCUCACCUGGAGCGUGGUUUACAAUCAUCGCCUGAAGUCCAUUCCAGCAAGGAAAUUGAUCGCUGCGAUUCAGACAACUAUGGCACUGCUCAUGGCUUCCGAUGUCCUGUUCGUGAGGGGAGUUUAUCGGAACAUGGGCGUUCCAGAUUCACUUUACGUUGUAGUCUUCUCAGGUCUCCUGGAGGUACUCUACUUCUUCAAGCUUCUCCCAUUCAACAUCGUGAUGGCGCAGCUAUGCCCUCCAGGAUGCGAGGGUUCCCUGAUGGCAUUAGUGGCAUCAGCUGUAGCCCUCUCGUUCAUCAUCAGUGGCUAUCUCGGCAUCGCACUUGUAUCGUUCGUUGGUGUGACCGGAGAUGACUUCUCGAGGCUGCCCAGGGGACUCCUGAUACAGGCCUUAUGCACAAUGGUACCUGUCUACUGGGCUUCCUGUAUCCCAGAUGGUAAGAAGCUCGCAGAGAAGAAGGAAUGA